CCAAACGCCUUUAAGGACUUUGACAGACACGCGCCUUUCAAAAUCCCAAAUUCGGUGUCUGAAAUUCGGAUUCGUAAUUGGAAGAGAUGACGAUUCUUAGGUUAGGGUUCAAAAUCCCGUUCGCCCCUCAACAUCGGGUUAUCUCUAUUCCCUGGGUGAACAAGAACACUGAAAUAUUGUGUUUGAAGGGAAGGAACUUCACUUCAUCAGCUCCAGUUGGAUACAGUCCCAAAAAAUCUAGGAAGGGUCAUGAAUCAGAAAAUUUUCUGCCUCUCGGAGGUUCUGAGAGAGAUAAAUAUCAUAGUACUUCAGGUGAAUUGGAGGUUGAGAUUGCAAAGAAUGGAAGGCAUACAGGAAGGCAUUUAUUCUUGGAUGUCAAGAACCAAAACCGAAAUGGAACGUGCAAGCUUGAUACGUUGCAUGCUCAUUCUAAACAAGAGUUAAAAGAAGAUAUUGAUCAUGCUUUUGCUUUAGAGUUUGGAGAUGAUGAAUUCACUGAAGAUCCGGAGGAUGUUGUUGAGGAGAUGAUAACAUCUGAAGUUGAGAAUUUUCAUAAGCAGGACCUGCAAGCUGGUGAAACCAUGAAAAUUGUGGAGAACUCAGCUAUUAAAGUACUUGCUACAAGAGCAUUUACUUCAGUGGAGCUGAGGAAGAAGCUGCAUGGGAAGAGAUUUCCUUCUGAUGUCAUUGAGCGAGUGAUAGACAGUUUCAAGAGCAGAGGGCUUAUCAACGAUAGCUUGUAUGCAGAAUCUUUUUCUCAAUCUAGAUGGUCUUCUGCAAGCUGGGGUCCAAUGCGGAUCAAGCAAGCAUUGUUGAAAAAGGGGAUAAGUCAAGCUGAUGCAGAGAAGGCAGUAAAACUGGUUUUUGAGGACAGUGAAUCUAGUGAAGCUCAAGAAUCAACUUUUGGAUUAUCAAAGCUUUCAAUGGACCAUUUAUAUAUACAGGCAUCAAAACAGUGGUUCCGAGGUCAGGAUGUGCCUAAAGAGACACGUAAAUCAAGGAUUAUCCGGUGGCUACAGUAUCGUGGUUUCAACUGGGGUGUUAUCUCCUUUAUACUGAAGAAGUUAGAAUCUGAGUGUCCUCACUAAAGGAUGCUAAGGAUUUCAUAUUCCAAGGUAGAAACAAAAGGCUCAUUUCUGAUCCCACUUUAGUUGAUAUUUCACACCUACCAGUUACCCCUUGAAAUGUGAGUCAUGCUGUACAGAUUAUAGAUAAGGGUUUAAUGCUAUUGGUCUAUAUAGCCAUGUGCAAGAGGAUGAUCAUUUAGCCUCAACUAUAACAACCUACCUAUAGCUGUAUAGUCCAGGUGGACAGAAGCAAAGCCAUAAUGAGCCACUACCGAUCUCGAAGACAAAUGAAAAGUUGAACUGCUUCGUUAAUGUUUCUUCAACCAACAGGGUUCUUUAAAUUAAUUCUGGAGCAUCUUGGUAUCCCUGCGGUUAAGCUUGGAAGUUGGAUAAAGCACAGAUGGAUACAUUUGCACAUCAUGUUCGCCCAUUCCAUUAGAUCUGCAAUACACUCAAGCCCAUUGGAGUUUUUUAAGUGCUAGCAUGUGUGCUUGUCGUUUAUGGAACAGUUGUGCCGUGUUUUGUGUUUAGCCUUGGAAAACUAUAUGUAUAUGGGGGUAUGAUGGUCCUGCUCCCAUGCAUGUGCUGCUGAUUAGGACAUUCACAAUUCUUCUCUUGUAAAUCAAGGUUAGUAUAGCUUUACAAGGACUACUAAAUAUUGUAUUUACUUUGGGAAGUCAUUUUCUGACAGCACAUGAGCAUGUGAUGGAAGGAGCUUGUGGCCAUGUGAGUUUCUGCUGCCAAAAAGGCUUAAAUAUUUAAUGAGACAGAGAAAGAAUCUCUUGCCAAUGCAUUAAGCUUGGUUGAA